AUAAAAAAUCAGAUAAUGUUAAUAAUUUAGCAAUUAAUACGGAAAAAUACUUAACCUACCUUCCCCAUGAUGGUUUCAAUAAUCAAAGAAUUGCAUUGGAAAAUGCAAUAUUCUUGUCAUGGUUUUUAAACAGAACUCUGAUAAUUCCGCCUCUCCUUCUUUUUAAAGGAGAUGCACCACGUAUACGCCGGCCAUAUGAUAAAUUAUCCAAUUUUUUAUCGCAAUCUAUACAUCCAAACAAAAAUCAUUUUAAAUUCUGUUUUAGAAAAAAGAAUUGCGAGAUAAUAACUUAUACAAUGUAUAAUUGGGAAAAGUUGGUGGAUUUUACAUUUUUGAAGCAUAAUAUUAAAUAUAUUCAUCGUCAAGAUUUUAAUUUUAAAUAUUUAUUGGCAUCACUUCACAUCGAUAAUAGUGCAGAAGUGUAUAAUGUGACUAGAGACAAACAUAGAUACCAACAACGAUAUUAUGAUGACGCUACAUCAACAAUCGAACUCGAUAAAUUUAAAGAACGAGUGAACUUAAUUGACUUAAGCAAAAGAUCCGAAAAAUUAAUAAAUUUUGGAAGUUUAUUUUCAUCAACUAGAAUUGUUCGACAAUUACCUGAAAGUAUUGAAUUUUGGAAUAGAUUAAUAAAGGAAAUGUUACCGAACAAUCCAACUAUAAUUAAUAUUUUAGAUAAAAUUAUUAAUAAAAUUGGUGGCAUAAAUAGUUUUAUUGGUGUACACGCAAGAUUAAGAGAUGGUCCCUUUGCCAGGAAUCAAAAAAGAACAAUAAAUAGACUCAUCCAAAGAAUUCAAACAGAUUUUAAAGAUAAUGUUUGUUUAACAACAAAAAUAUUUUUAGCAAUAGAUUUAAACCGAGAUCAGAUUUCCCUUCAACCGUUCUUUCAAACUUUCUCAUGUAUUUAUAUAUUAGAUGAUUUUAAUGAUCUUUUAGAACCUUUAAAUUUUUUAAAAAAUCCUAAUGAUGAUAUGACGUUGUAUGAAUUUCUAAUACCGUUAGUAGAUUUACUAGUAGUAUCAAAAGGUAAUAAGUUUUAUGGAACAGAAAGUAGCACCUUUUCAAAAUAUGCUCAACGAUUAAAUGAAGAUGAUUGA